AUGAGCAGAAUCAAUGAAAACGAAGAUGGAUCUCGGUUAAAUUUUGAUGACGAUAUUCAAAUCCUUCCCAGAGAAGUUGCUGUACAGGAUUGGUCUAAAAGGACCCUAAAGAUGUGUGCUCCAAGACGACCCUCCUCCAGCACCAUAACCAAUGGAGACACCAAUCAAGACCAUGACACUGAUAAUGAAAACGAACAAAUCCGUGACAUCCAUGCUUUAACCCCACCCCGUCCACCGCCUCGAAACCGUUGGGAAACAGGCGGCGGUCAUCAUGGAUCGUACUCUAUGUCCAUGAGCAGUGAAGGUUCAAGUGAAAACUUCACUACCAUGAGUAGAGAGUUUAAUGCUCUUGUGAUUGCAGGGUCUGCUAUAGGAACUAGUAAUACUACCAACAAUAGCAGCUCCGAUCAUAAUGAUAUUAAUGAUAUUGGAAGCAACACCUUGUUGUCUAGGAUUGGAGAGGAUGAUCACGAUGUGCCUGAAGAAACUAACCCUUUGGCUAUCGUGCCCGAUAACAACCCUUUAGACCCCGAACCAAGCUCGAGAAGCCUCGGGUCCGGUCGUGUGGGUGGUGGCAGCCAUGGUGGUGCUGGUGGUGAAGUGUCGGUGCAAAGAGUGAAAAAAGAGGAGGUCGAGACUAAGAUAACUGCAUGGCAAAAUGCAAAGAUUGCAAAAAUCAAUAAUAGGAUGAAGAGAGAAGAUGCUAUAAUCAAUGGGUGGGAGAGCGAGCAAGUACAAAAGUCUACUUCUUGGAUGAAGAAAGUCGAGAGGAAGUUAGAGGAGAAACGAGCAAAAGCCUUUGAGAAGAUGCAGAAUAAGGUAGCAAAGGCACACAGAAAGGCAGAGGAGAGAAGGGCAUCAGCUGAAGCUAAGAGAGGAACUAAAGUUGCCAGAGUUCUUGAAGUAGCCAACUUGAUGAGAGCUGUUGGAAGAGCUCCUACAAAACGAUCCUUCUUUUGA